AUGUACCUGGACUUGUAUAAAGGGUUAAGUCUCAGGCACAAGGGCUUAGAGAAGUAUGAUUCACCACUGGUGGGCUUUGAUGGGAGAUUGGCAAUUCCCCGCGGAAUGAUAAGGUUACCUGUACAAGCUGGGGACGAAGAGAUGCAAGUUAACUUUAUUGUAGUCGAAGCUUAUUCCUCUUACACAGCCAUCCUAGCUAGACCAUGGCUUCAUGCUAUAGGAGUAGUUUCGUCAACCUUACAUUUGAAAGUUAAGUACCCCACACAGGGGAAAGUAAAGGAAUUAGUAGGAAGUCAAGCAAUGGCUAGGCAGUGCCUGAUAGCAACCAUUACACAGCAACCCGCGAAUCAAGCCAUGGCAGAAGAGGAGCGAAUCUCAUAG